CAAUAUAAUUAUUUUCUUUGGGCGUAGCGAUCACGGAAUAUAAUAAGGAAGGAAAUGCUGGUGGCGUUUGCCUUUUAUCAAUGUUGUAACAACACUACUGUUCAGAUUAUAUAUGUAACGCAAGCCCCACCUGUCAAAAUGACCCCUUUCUAGUUACCAUUCAUCUAACACGCAUUCUGCUGAGGUAGAAUGCUUUGUUCCAUUUCUUACUUAUGCCUUUCGAUUUGUCAGGUAAGAACAGUGGUUGUGGUUCCAGAAAAAAGAAAAGCUUAUGCUGAAAAGGCUGGGAAAAAAGAAGAAACAGUGGGCAUCAUUGAUCCAUUUUUUAGAAAAGAAAGGGAGGUAAUGUUUAAAGACACAGAGCUGGAACGGCAGAAGGAAAUGUACUUGCAGUGUGUAUCGGGCCACAUUACAGAUCAUGAUGAACAGAACCAAGGUGUGAUGAAUGAGUUGCUAAGCUUGAUGAACACAGUGGCUCAGCAGGAGGGUAGAAUAACUCGCAGGCAGUGGCAGCAUCCCUCGGAUCUUACGGCAAGAAACUACUCCAGUGGCACUGACAGGCUAGCUAAUAAAAUCAGUCUCCAGGACUGGCAAAGCAAGAACAGGAAAUACUUUCGGCGGUUUGCUUCCAUUCCAGACAAGUUUCAACGUAGCCAAGUUCCUCAAACAACGGCACUUUGAAUCAGCUGUGUGGUUUUUUUCAUGUAUGGAUUGUUUUAUUUACUUUUUUUUUUUUUAAUGUAAUUUAAAUUUAAAUGUAAAGUUUUGUAUGAUUUUAUUUUUGAUGUCAGAUAUAUGAAAAUCGCAGUUCUUCAUUCCUGACUAUAGAGAAGGAUCCACCAUUAUUAAUGCAAAAUGACUACUACUGUAUCAUGCAAGUAUAAUGCCAGUGACGUUGGGUAAGGAACCUUUAGUUAAGGGAUGUGAUAAGUUUGCAAACCUGCACGUGCAGUACUUUGAAAGUCAGCUAUUCAGUAAGGAAAUGUACUGCAUGAGCUAACGUUUUAAAUUGUUCAGUUAUUUCAAUAUGGUAGUAACUGAGGACGUUCUCCCUCCCUGAUUUUUUGAAGAUAAUUAAUUCAUUCAAGUUUGAAGUUGAGAAGCUAUGCAUAAGGACUUGCAUUUAUUCUCUUGUUAAUGAUAUUGCAAGUUUGAAAAUAAAUACAUGUUAUGAAGUCCAUGCGAUUACUAACACGCUUGCCAUUUAAAUGAUGUUAAAGACCCUGAGUGAUACAUUUGAUUACAAGAUUCAUGACCUUCAAAAGUUCAGAUGACUUUUCGAUCUUUCUUUAUUCCUAUUGUAUCGUCCCAUGUAAAUGAAUCUGCAGAGUUAUUCAACUUGUUUAUUCAUAAAUUGAAGCACUUUUUUUAUUUUAGUUUUUAUUGUGGACCAAAUUGUCCCAGUUUUUGUUUUUCAAUUGUGUUUAAAUUUAUAAAAUAAGAGUCGCAUAAUUACAGAAAUGUACACUUUUAAAAUAGUGUGUUUUUUGU